AUGGGACGUUUGAUUGACAUCCUGCAUGGGCGGGGCCAGCGUGGCCUGCAGGCCUUCAUGGAGUCUUUGGAGUUCUACCACCCKGWGCAAUACACUCAGCUCACUGGACAACAGCCCACCCAGCGCUGCUCCAUCAUCUUGGAUGAGGAGGGUCCAGAGGGCCUGACUCAGUUCCUGCUGCUCGAGGUGCGUAAAAUGAGGGAGCAGCUGCGGGGGAGCCGCGUGUGUGAGCGCCGCCUGUCCCAGCGUUGCCGUGUGGCCGAGGAGGAGCGCAGCCGGGCUGAACGCAAGACACUGGACCUACGACAUGACCGGCUGUAGAUGGAGAGGCUGCGUCAGGACUGGGAGGCAGGCAGCAGGGAGCUGGGCCGGCUGAAGGACAUGCACCUGGAACAGGCUGUGAAAUACUCUCGUGCCCUGGAGGAUCAGGCCAAGGCCUCCGCACGUGAGAGAGAGCUACUGGAACAGGUAUAGAGAGGAGAGGGGGCCAAAGGGUCUGAUGGGUUGUUGAAGGAGAGGGAUGGUGACUGGGACAGAAGAAAGCAGCUGGAGAAAGAUAAAAGGAUGGAUGGAGGUAUAAUUUUUUUGAAAGAGCUGUUGGGACAUGCCUUUAUAGGAAGCCUUUUCCCUGGUAGGAUUCCCUUGUAAUACUCUUACUCAACCUUUUCUACAGAUGGAGCAGCUGAAGACCAGACUGAUGGAGGCAGAGAAAGAGACUGACAGUAGUCCUGUCUCUAUUGCGCCAGUCAGAAGGAACAGUAGUGUCACCCAUCGCACGAACGGCACCCCCGCUGUUCCCGAGAAGAGUGAGAAGCCACGACAGCACAUUGACAUUCAGAAGUCAGGUCACAUUGAAACACAGGCUCUGUUGACAUCCUGAAGCAGGACCGCAGGUAGGCAGCAGAGCAGAGACACGAGC